AUGCGUCCAUUUUAUCUCAAACGCCGACCCUCUUUCAUCACGGAUUGCUAUGGGGUAUUCUUUUCUCUGCAGUUCAGCCUCCGGGGGGUGGCCUCGGCGCGGCCGAAUUUCUACAAACGUCUGAAGGUCGAGGGAAAUGCGACCCCCGAGGAGAUCAAAGCGGCCUAUCGGCGUCGGGCCUUGGAGUGCCAUCCCGACGUCGUGGAGGAUCAUCAGCGCACCCAGGCCGAGGUCCAAUUCCGCGGCAUUUCCGAGGCCUAUGAGGUGCUUUCCAACCCCGAAAGCCGCCGCGCACACGACAGGGACCUUGGCAUGGAAUUUCAUUCCACGAAAACGACAAAAACGACAACAGGGAGGGCCGCGCGUGGGGCGUCGGUGCGGGAUUCCCCCGUCCCCCCUUCCGAGGAGGAGUUCGCCGCAUCUUCGAGCCGAAAGGGCCGGGGGUCGACCUGGCGGAAACCGUUUCUCCGCGGCGACGCCGACCGCCUUUUUGCCGAGGUUUUUCAGGGCAAAACGGUCGAUCAGAUCAUUUUCGACCUUCGACGGCGGCAGCGUUCGGGGGAUUUUCCUCGCGAGGCCGCGGGGGUCCUCGGCGCGAUCGAACACGCCGCGGCGCGGGCGGAGCGGCAAUUCGGGCCGUCGAUUUUAAAGCAUCUUCGCGUGUGCGAUUCACGGCCGCGCGGCCCGGCCCCGCCGCCCGCCGCCGAAAUGUCUUUUCGGCCUUUUCGAAAUCGCCCCCCGCCGGCGGGGGUGCGGACGCCGCAGACGCCGCGGAUGGGCGUCGUGAGGGCGAGCGGCGACCCAUCGAUUGAACUUCUCGCUGCGGACGAGGAGGCCCGCCCUCCCCUCGGCCACUUUUACGCACCAAAACUCCCCGAUGGGAGGGAGAUGAGUCGACUUCAGGGGAUCGAUCAAGUCGAAAGGAUGAUUAUGGGCGCGGCGCACAAUAUGGGGGUGCUGUACUCUUACCAACGCCCUUAUUAG